AUUCGCCUGCAGAGAGAGAGAAAAAGAGAGUGAGAGAGAGAGUGAGAGAGGGACACGAGAAACACGCGCUGCUCUAACGCGUCCGUGAGUGGCGAAAAAAAUACCCACUAUUAAUUUAUAAAAUAAAUCCACGCCGCAAAGUCGACAGGCUUUUCUUCUCGGUUCUGAAGAAUUAAAUAAAGAAAUCAAGCUGGCUUACGCCGUGUCGAACCCGACCAGUUUGACAGCUGCUCUUCACCCCCUUUGGAGGACUGUCAACAGCAAAAGGAUGGCAUCAGAACUGGCAAUGAGCAACUCCGACCUGCCCACCAGUCCCCUGGCCAUGGAAUAUGUUAAUGACUUCGAUCUGAUGAAGUUUGAAGUGAAAAAGGAGCCGGUGGAGCCCGAACGCAGCAUCAGCCAGUGCAGCCGCCCUGCCGCCGGCGGAUCCGUCUCGUCCAGCCCGAUGAGCACGCCUUGCAGCUCGGUUCCUCCUUCGCCCAGCUUCUCGGCGCCCAGCCCGGGCUCGGGAAGCGAGCAGAAGGCGCACCUGGAGGACUUCUACUGGAUGAGCGGCUACCAGCAGCAGUUGAACCCGGAGGCGCUGGGCUUCAGCCCAGAGGACGCCGUGGAGGCGCUGAUCAGCAGUGGCCACCAACUACCCAGCUUCGACGGCUACACCCGCGGGCAGCAGUUCGGUGGCGCGCCGGGCGCAGGUGGCACCGUCGUGGCCGGGGAGGAGAUGGGCUCAGCGGCCGCCGUGGUUUCGGCCGUGAUUGCGGCGGCUGCGGCGCAGAACGGCAACCCACUUCUCCACCACCAUCACCACCACCACCACCACAACCACCAUGCCGGGGCGCACCACGGAGCACCCGGAGCGCCGCACACCGGCGGUGGCAACGUGACAGGGGGCCACCCGCACGCGCGCCUCGACGAUCGCUUCUCCGACGAGCAACUGGUCACCAUGUCGGUGCGAGAGCUGAACCGGCAGCUGCGGGGCGUCAGCAAAGAGGAGGUGAUGCGGCUGAAGCAGAAGCGGCGGACGCUGAAGAACCGCGGCUAUGCGCAGUCGUGCCGCUUCAAGCGCGUCCAGCAGCGCCACGUGCUCGAGGGCGAGAAGACGCAGCUCGUACAGCAGGUCGAGCACCUCAAGCAGGAGAUCUCCCGGCUGAUGCGAGAGAGGGACGUCUACAAAGAGAAAUACGAGAAGCUCGUCGGCAACGGCUUCCGAGAAAACGGCUCCAGCAGUGACAACAACCCUUCCUCUCCGGAGUUUUUCAUGACUUCAAGAAAAUUUCUGCACCUGUGAUAUUCCAUGUAAUUUCUGCUUUUUGCCCCUGCUGUCUGAGAUCUUGCCAGAACUUGAUCAAGGCACUCAGGUGGCAUAGCGGUAAAACACACCUGCCUACCAGUGCUGUGAUCUUGAGCUAUCAAGUUCAAUCUCAGCUCUGUUAUCACCCGGCUGGGCACCUACACAGUCGCCCGCACGUGAUCUUGUGCUCUGUGAGACCAGUCGCUGGCAGGUGAAAAGAAGCAAUUGCCAACUAAGCACAUGCUGGAGGGGGUAUGUGACUGCCUCGGCUCUCCUCGAUAGGGGUGAUACAGUUUGUAUUAAAUGAGUCCCUCUAGUUAAAACCCUGUUGUCUCUAAAUGUUGACUGAGGAACACGUCUUAUAGAGAAAUAUUUCAUUAAAUUAAGGUCUGUGAUCAAGGUCAAUAGGUCCACUUACAGUGUAAUGCAUUCCAAAAAUAUAAAAUGAAGUUCAAAUGUUUAUUUUGAAUAAUAUAGCUAUUGAUUAAAGAACUGCUUAGUCCUGAAAA